GAUCUAUCACCAACACUCCUUCAGCUUUCUCUCACCAACCGUUCGAUAUAUCAUUAGGGCCAAAGGUUUCCUUUAGGAUUGCAAAAUUCAAGUCCUGGAAAUGAUUCCACAACAGAUGAGCUGCUACUCAAGAACCGGAAAGAGUCCCCUCAAUGCUGGAAUCCCAAUCUGCUCAUUUCCUCAGAAAAGGCUUCUCCAUAAUUCUCAAGGGCAAUGCCAGGCCAUGACUUUGUCCAAUGAACCUUCAAAAACUAGAUCAUUGACAUUUGGACACAAGAUUACUGAAACUGUGAAGGGAAAGUUGAGCCUCGGAGCGAAAAUUCUUCAAGUAGGCGGAGUUGGAAACAUCUUUAAGUUGAAUUUCCAAGUCAAGGAAGGUGAAAAACUGGUAAAGACUUGUCAAUGCAACUUAUCAACGACAGCAGGUCCCAUAGCAGGCCUUCUCUUUAUCUCCACAGAGAAGGUUUCCUUCUGUAGUGAGAGAUCACUUAAGCUUCUUUCCUCAAAUGGAAAAUGUGUAACGACUCGUUACAAGGUCACAAUCCCGCUCACAAAAAUAAAGAGUGUGAAUGAGCGUCAUAAUGUGAAGAAGCCAUCAAAGAAGUAUGUUCAAGUGAUCACUGAAGACAAGUUUGAGUUCUGGUUUAUGGGAUUCAUAAAUCAUAAAAGAACAUUGAGCUAUCUUCAGGAGGCAGUCUCCCAGAAUCAGUGUCAACUUAUGCUGUCACAAAUUCUGUAAACCAUUUCAAAGAUUGACUGAUGGCUAGCUACAUGUCUCUCACCUGUAAAUAUGAAUUGGGAAUGGACAUAUUCAUUUUAUAAUAAUAUAAGCGUAAAUGGGAAGUUGUCCACUGAUUUAUGAGGUUUUACAAUUGUACAUUGCUGGUUUGUCAUUAUACCUCAUGAGCAUAUGAAUCUAAUAAUAAUCAUAUUAUUAGUGUU